AUGGCUGCCGAAGAAGCAAAGCCCUGGCUCCACGAGCUGACGGCUGCCGAUCUGUACGCGCACUGCCGCAUCGCAGACGAGCGCCGGGCACUCGAUUUGACUGCGAGUUAUUCCGCCUGGCUGCCGUACCGCGUGCCCCCACCGCGUGAGGCUUCAAACGAGGAUCUCGACGCGCUCAAGUCCUUCUACGUCGAACUUCUCCAAAACCCGGCGCGGAUCUUCGACGACGUCCUCGACGGCCCCUCGACGGCCAAUGACGGUCGCGCGGUGCUGCUGUACGCCCUGGAGUACGCGAUGCUCACGCGCGGCGCGCGCUGCGAGGCGGGCGGACUGGGUGCCGAGAAUUUCCCGCUGCACCUGCCGUGCAAACGGAUCGCGACGAACGGGCGGCUCCUCCGCUGGUGCCGCGACGCGCUGCGCGCGCCGCAGGACCGGCGCGCGGCGUUGAUCAUCUCCUGCGUGGGCUUGCUGCGCAUGGUUGGCGAUCUCCUGAAGAAGCCGCGUGCCGCAUACGAGGACUUCCUGGGCGCCGGCGGCUAUGAGGCGCUCUGGGACGACGUCGUCGCGUGCCUGCGGCACUUCGACGCGCGCGCGGGGCGACCCGACGCGUUUCCGCCGCAAGCGAUAGCCGAACUCAUGCUGCUCGGCCUUGACGUUGGCAACCAUCUCGACCUGCCUUCAGAGGCACUGACAUUAUGCCCAGCGCGACAUCGUGAUUUCUUUGUGGAAGCGCUCGAACAAGCGCGCCCUCAGCUCGAUGCACACACUUACAACGCGCUCCACGAUAUUUUGGUCGCGCCGUCGGAAGGAUUUCUGGGAAGGGCUGCGAGGUUCCAGCAGGAGGCCUCGGAGUUCAAAGCCCGGAACAAAGCGGCGCGGCGGCGGAUCUGCGACGGGCCGAACUGCUCCAACGCAGCGCCCUUCAAGUGCAACCGUUGCGGCUUGGUGUCGUAUUGCUCGCGCGAGUGCCAGACCCGCCAUUGGAAGCAGGGCCACAAGCAGCUCUGCCGCCCGACGGCCGGCGGCGGCGCGGCGGCCGCGGCGGCCACCGCCAAGGCGCGCACCGGGCCGAGCCCCCUCCUCGCGAAACAGGACAAGUUGCUGCGCGAAAACGGCGGCGACUACAUGCUGGACGUCGACGCGGAAAAGUACGUGGCCAUCGACUUCGCCAACCCCAUGGGCGCCGUGUUCUUCAAAAUGCUACGCCUCAAGGCGGCGGGUGGUUGUCGCCGGUCGCUGUGGAUGAUGUACGAUCAGCUUCGUGGCUUUGUCAAGGAGCCGGCGAUGCAGCGGCAGCUCCGCAAGCAGCUGCGGGGCGAGUACGGCGUCGACCCGGAGGCGUGCAAAAACGCGCCGGUGACGGGCUCGGUCUCGGCCGCGGACGUCCAGGCCGUCAUGAGCGGCGUAGACGAGGCCCAAAUCGGCGACCAGCUCUCGCGCGAGUCGGAGACUGACCCGCAGGUCCGCGGCGCGCUCGCCGCGGCCGGCGCGCGCAUGCCUCCGCCGCGCUACUCGGCGGAGACCGAGGCGUUCGCGCGGUCGAAGGGAUCCUACGACACCGAGGAGGGCUCGGCGGCAUUUAUCUUCGAGAAGGUCUUGACGAGCCGCCUCGAGCUGCUCGGCUGGGCCUCUCGCGACCGUGAGGACUCCGACGCGUCGUACGACCUCGAGCGCUGGACGGCGAAUUGCGGCGGAGACGCGGAGAUGGCGCGCCGAGUCAUCGCCGAGGCCCGGGCCCGCGUCGAGCGACACGUCCUCGAGGGGACGCGGCCGGACGAUUCGGACGACACCGACGAGGAAGCCCGGCGUCCCGCGCCCGCGAAGCCUUCCGGUGGUAGGAAGAAGGGCAAGAAGGGUCGCCGCAAGAAGUAAGACACAAC